UGGGGGGAAAUUUGAAACGUGGGGCGGGAAUUGAAUUUCAGAAAAAAAAAAUUAAAGCCUGAUCUCCCUUGUCUCUAUCUAAAAAAAGCCCUAAUCUGUGUCUCUCUAUGUUGGCCCGCCCCUCUCUCUUUCUGUGUUCUCUCUCUCAAUCGGUGCCCACUCUCUCUAGCUCACCGAAGUCCCUUACCACCAUUGCUCACGUCCGUCGCACAUCGCCAUCGACAUCGCCCUCUGUCUAAUGGACUCCUCAUUUCUGGGCCGUGGAAGCAGGGUUGGAGGGUGAGAUACGAAGGGAACGAGUGGGAUUCGGAGACCUUGAAGGUUUUUGUGGUCCCCCAUUCGCAUAAUGACCCGGGUUGGAAGCUCACUGUUGAGGAGUAUUAUGAUCGACAGUCGAAGCAUAUUCUUGAUACCAUCGUCAUGGCUCUUUCGAAGGAUCCUCGCUGCAAAUUUAUAUGGGAGGAGAUGUCUUAUUUGGAGAGAUGGUGGAAGGAUGCCUCAGAAACUAAAAAAGAAUCUUUCAUCAAUCUAGUGAAGAAUGCACAGUUAGAAAUUGUUGGAGGUGGGUGGGUGAUGAAUGAUGAGGCUAAUUCACAUUAUUUUGCUAUCAUUGAACAGAGGACCCAUUAUGAUUUGAAAAAGGAACUGGCUUUCUCUAAGAAUUUGGAAUACAUAUGGCGCCAAAACUGGGAUUCUGAGGAGGCUCUUCAAGUGUAUGACAUAAACGGACUACCAAUAAUGAAGGAGUCUCAAUACCAAACCAACGGCGUUACGUAGGGUACUGGGAGGAUACGCUUUCUAUUCCUAGGGGAGUUGAUCAUGGCCCUCCAUCUGUGAACUCGCCUGAACCAUGUAGCAGAGAAUUGGUUCGAAUUCGACUUUAUGACACGGUUAACACUGGCUCUGUCUUCUUUGUGGUCUCAGAGUUACAAGAGGUUCCUGGUUAGCGGUAUUGUCCACCCGUGGAAGUGUUUAAGAGUUGCUGCAGAGAAGUUAAAAAAGGUUGUGUGAGACCAAACAGCUCCCGGUAUUAUCUCUCUUUUGUUGAUCAAUGUGGAGAGGGGAAUCGAUCAGAACCAGUAGAACCUCAUCUAGUAGUCCAAAUGGACACAGAGAGUUCUGUACUGUACCAGAAAACCUGCCUCGACUAUUGUUUUGAAAAACCAAUAAAGGUGAGAAAUUUAUAAUACAUUCACAUACGUAAAGAGCAUUGUCCACCGACUAUUGUUGUUGCAGCCAUUGCCUCACUUAAAGAGCAGGUGGAGGGAAUACAGGAAAUCAACCUGUCAGGUGGAGGGGAUACAGGAAAAACCAAUAAGUGUAUACUAUCAGAUGUUUUGAAAUGCCUUGGUGACAAUAAAAAACAUAUGAGAGAAAGCACUCUGACUACUUUAGAUGCUUGGCUUGCUGCUGUUCAUCUCGACAAAAUGGUGCCUUACAUUACUACUGCUUUGAUGGAUGCGAAGCUUGGCACGGAAGGGCGCAAGGAUCUUUUUGAUUGGCUAUCAAGGCAACUUAGUGAAUUAAGCAAUUUUCCUGAUGCUGUAAAUCUGAAUUAUGUAUUGUUUCAAAUUGUUAUGCUAGAUGGAAGUGACUUGUGAAUGAAAACUUAGAAUAGUUGUAUUGUGUCGAAUGUUAAUGAAUUAUGUAUUGUGUCGAAUGUUAAUGAUUCAGUUAAUUUGAAUGAUACUUUAAAA